GCCAUGCACCCCGAGUGCAAAUGCUCCCAAAGCCGCACCCCCCCCUUACAAAUCAUUAAUCACUGCUAGGCCAGCAAUGCCAGCAAGCAGCAAGCAAGCAGGAAAAGGCCAAGACUCCACAGCCCCGGCAGGAGCAGCUGGAAGCAGUGCUGACCGGUUCUCUGUGGUGGCAGCUCGCUCUCCGACCACCCUCUGUGGGAGGACCUGGUGCAGGUGGCCAGUCCUGCGUGCACUGCCCUUUCCUUCAGGAAGGUCUCUUGGUCCUGGUUUUGGGAAGCUCUGACUGUGGCUGGGGGCUGCUGGGCUACAUGUGAGGCAGGAGUUCUGAAGAGGAGCUUCUGCCUGGUCGGCACUGCAGUAUUCAUCUCUUCACCAUGCGGUACAAGGCGUUCUGGAGUACCCUGGAGUACACCUGCCGACUGCUGGGCAUCACCACUGCAGCAGUGCUGAUUGGUGUGGGCGUAGAAACUCUUCAGCGAGGACAGUUCAAAAGCCUGGCAUUCUAUCUGCUUUUUUCAGGGGUUGCAGUUGCUCUCUGUGAAGGUUUCUUCUUUAUCAGUUUGCUCCUGGAGAUGUGCUUCACAUAUGAGCCUGACUCCCUGGCACAGGCCUGCUGGAAGCGGGCUAGACAUCCGGGGAGCUUCCAGAAAUUCCUGGGAUACACACUGCUCUCAGUGGCUUGCUUCCUGCAUCCUGUCCUCAUCUGGCAUGUCACCAUCCCUGGGUCUAUGCUGGUGCUCACUGCCCUGGCCUAUUUCCUGUUGAGCAAGAGGAGGAAGAGCACAGGGCACAAAGAGAUGCAUCCCCAGGCAGGCCAAUAUGUGGACCCUUCAGCCACUGUGGCAGCCCCAACCAUCGCUGGUGACACUGAGCAGACCUACACCUUCCACGCGUCCCAGAGGGAGCAGCACCACUCAUUGCUGGGUCAUAUGAAGAGCAUCCUGAAGGGCAGCAAGGACAGAAGCCCAGGCCCAGUAGCUCCUGUCCAAGAAGCGGCCCCAGCAGCCCCACGCAAGCAAGUGCACUUCCAGGAAAAAGUGGUGCAGAUCAUCCCCUCUGUCAGCGAGAGCUUGGAGGAUGUGGAGAGUGAGGCUGAAGAGACCACAUCGGACACAACACCCAUCCUCACCCCUCCUGAUGCUCCUGUGAUACUCAGUCCCCUCAGCUCCACAGGCCUCUUUUGAGCCCUCAGCAGGACUGAGGAUAGUACAAGCCUGAUGACCCUGGCACUCUAGCAUUCAAAAGGCCCUGAGAGGUGGCCUUUCUUGCCCUCUCUGCCUCCAGAGUGACAACCCUGUCACUGCCUCUUCAAGGGUCUGCCCACAACACAUGGUCUCACCCUUUGUGACAGAGCAAGUGUGGUUCCCAACCCUGCAGUACCAUGCCCAGGGGAUAGGUUGUUUUUUAGCCAGGGUAGUGCCAGGACAGUAAAGUUUCUGCUCCUACAGCCUUAUGCAUGGGCCACCCCUCUGUUACAGCACUAAACAACACAGUGGUUGCUCCUGCCUAACAUCACAGCCAUGGUGUGUACCUCCUACGUGGCUGCAGCAAACAGGAGGAGGGGAGACUGCCAUGUCUCCAGAGCAGCCUCUGCCGGGGGUUGCUGUCUCCCUUCUGCCCUUGCUGCACAUUGAAGAGCUCAGAGCUGAGAUACCCUCAAGCACAGGGCACCUUAUACUGUAUGUUCCCUCACAACACUUGCACCAGCUGUAACAGGCCUAGGGCAUCCAAAACUUUAUUUCAGAGUUGGGCUGAGACCUGGCAUCCACUGAGUGCUAAGUGCCCUCCCCUGAGGCACACUCUGAGCCCAGCAGGGAAAUCAUCUCUGGCUUUGGGGGGCACCUACACAGGAGCAGGGAGGACCCUGAACUUCCUGGUAUCCACUGCACAGAGAGCACUCUCAAGUUAGAAGAGCUUUGGGAUUAUGUAGCCACU